UGUGUGUCUGUCUACUCUGCCUCGUCCAUCACCACUUCUCGCUCGACCAGCCCGUGAUCCUCGCGUCAUAUAGUCUGUCCUCUGCGAGCGUCUAUCAGCUUCCCGCCGCCUGCCCCCCGACGAUGCCAACGACCGGACCUCGUCGUCCAUCCCUCGCUCGCCCAUAGUCACAGAGACACUCCCCCGACAAUGGCCGCCUCGACAAACACAGACACAGACACCACCAUGACCCAGCCGGCCAUGCUCCAGCUCACCCCGCACGAGGAGUACAACCUCGCGACGCUGCCCGCCAUCGACGCCCUGCACCUCCUCAGCGCGAAUCUCGAGACCCUCGUCCGCAUCACAGGCGACGUGCCCCCCACGCCGCCGCCGCGCACGCCCACCGACCCCCAGAUGACCGGCCUCCAGGCUGAGAAGGACAGCAUCGCGCGGUCGAGUCCCUCACGCACUGCGACGCCCGAUCGUGGCCCCCUCGCCCAGCAACAACAACACCCAGAGGCAGCACCCAACCUCAGCCGCGCCCAGGCCGCGAGCCAGGCCAUGAUGCAGCAGACCUCCACCGCCGCCGCCGCCCCCGUCGAGGUCGACGGCGUGCGACUCAAGUCCCCGACGUUCCCCACCUUCGCCGCCCUCGAGUACCCGGCCGUCAUCACGGCGGACGAGCAGUCGGUGCUCAACGCGCAGCACGGCGCCAUCACGCGCAAGUUCUACAGCAAGCUCGAGCCCCCGAUCAGCAUCACCGAGUAUCUCGCGCGCCUGCACCGGUUCUGUCCCAUGAGCACGGCCGUCUACCUGGCCGCGUCGCUGUACAUCUACACCCUGGCCAUUGACCAGCGCGCCAUCCCCGUGACCCGCAAGAACGUGCACCGCCUCGUGCUCGCGGCGCUGCGCAUCGCGACCAAGGCCCUCGAGGAUCUGCCGUAUCUGCACCGCAAGAUUGCCCGCGUCGGCGGGGUCAGCGAGGCGGAGCUGGCGCGGCUCGAGAUUAGCUUUUGCUUUCUGGCUGGCUUUGAGCUCGUCAUGAAGGAGGAGCGACUGCGGGAACACUGGAUAGCCCUGCGGAGCGGGCGGAUCGGCGCCGGGCUGGUCGCGGACGUGCCGCCUCUGCUCAAGCCGAGGAGACCGCGGAGCAUGUCGGCGGCAGAGGUGGAGGCGUAAUACUGUCGCGGGCGGACAUUGUAUCUGCAAGAUAUACAUGGGCGCGAGCUAGUCUAUGGGGUUGAUGUGCUGCGUGGGAUCUGCAUCUGAUUUGGCAUGUUGUACACACUAAGCAUGAUUGGCGUUUCUGGGUCUUUAUUUCACUCUUCUUUUCUCUUCUCUUUGAUAUACUCGUUCCGUAUAUACUGUUGGAUACCCUUCUGGUGUUUAUAUCAACUGUGGACUGCCACUUAUUUUUGAGGACGAUACC